AUGUCUAGUGAAUUAGAUCAUGUAAAAUCAACCGUAAAAUCAGAAUGUGUAGAUCUCUCGGGUGCAAACCAAAAUCUCAAAAUUGCCGAAGAGAAGCUCAAAAAUUUUAAAAAUAAUGAUUUAAGUGCUAGAGGGUUGGAAGUAAUAAAAUAUGGUCAAGAUUUGUUAAAAGAAAUUGAGAAAUUGAUACUUCUCAAUGAUUCGCGUUCUAAAGGAUCUUUAAACAAAAAUAUAAACAUUGAAAAGGAUGUAAAUAGAAAUUGUAAACAUAGGCAGAGUGAAUUUCAAAUAUUUAUCGAAGAGUCCAUAACUUUUCGAAAAAUUAAAAAUAAAUUUUUGGAAUUUGAUCUUUGCACCUAUUAUUAUAGUACAGAAGAAGAGAUAAAUGGGAUAAAAGAUUUGAUUAACGAGUUUAAAGGUUCAAUCGAAGAUUGGAAAAAUAAAGGCAAACCAAGAAGUCGUUGGAAAAAAGUUAGAACUAGAGCAUUGUCCUUGGCCAGCUUUCUUCUGGUUUCUAAAAAACAAAUUGAUUUUGAGAUUACUGAAGAAAAGCUUUUGGGUGGUGGAUUAGUUAGAGGAAGUAAUGAUCACAUAAUUCAACGAAAUUAUCUAGAACAUAAAGUUGCUGAAAAGAUUAUUACUGAUAAAUCUUUGAAUGAAUUGGAGAAAGAAAUUGAUUUUAUGCAAAAUCUUAGCGAAUGUUCAAAUAUUCUUGAAUUCUAUGGAUACUGUCGUCGACCUAAUGGCCUCUCCAUAAUUUCAGAAUGGGCAUUUUGUAAUUUGCAAGCUUACCUUAAUGACCAUCUUUUAGAGCCAACUGAAAAACUAUCAAUUGCCCGUGGAAUUGCCAGUGCAUUGGAUUAUUGUCAUGAAAAAAAUGUUUUACAUUAUGAUAUUAGAACUUCCAAUAUAUUGCUAAAUGAAUUUUUACAACCUAAGCUUUACAACUUCCGGGCUAAUGAAGAGUCCACAUCAUCAGCACCACUUAGUAUUUUAAGGUGGAGUUCACCAGAAAGAUUUUGCGGUGAAAAAUACAGCAAAGCCAGUGAAGUAUAUAGUUUUGUACUAGUUAUGUGGGCCAUUGUAUAUCAACAAAUGCCCUUUAUUACCUUAAAUUCAAAGGAAGAAAUCAAACGCCAAAUACUUGACAACAAAAACCGUCCAGAACUUACUACUGUAGACGGUAUACCAGCCGAAUAUCAAGAAAUUAUUAAAAAAUCCUGGUCUCACAAUCCUUCUGCACGUGAUAAUAUGAAAAUUAUUUUAGAACAUUUGAAUAAAUUAGAUCUUGAAAGUUUUUCUGACAUUUCUAACCAGGAUGCAGAUGAUUAUUUUGAUUUUAAUAGUGCAAGUAUGGAUCCAGCAACCGCAACAAUAUUAAAAAGUAAGGAAUUUGAGAUGUUUCGUCGAUAUAGUCAAUAUUCAUCCAAAUCUGAACAAAUAGAACAAGGUAUUGAACAUCAUAAAUAUAGGAAAUAUGAAGAUUCGUGGAAUAUAUUUAAAGAUUAUUGUGAUCUCAAACCUGAAGAUCCGCAUGCAAACUUUUGGGUUGGUUUUUAUUACCUUAAAGGACAUUAUGUUAAGAAAGACCUUCAAGAAGGAUUGAAAUACCUUAAAAAAGCUUCAGAGUUACAACAUCCGGAUGCACAAUAUUGGUACGCGUUAACGUUAUUAAAUAGUUCUGAUAAGUUUGAGAAUGAUGGGUGCGAAACUGCAAUGAAAUAUUUAAGAAUAUCAGCAUUGACGAAUUAUAAGGCGUUGGUGGUUCUGGGAAGAAUCGUACAAACUGGAAUUUAUGGUCGUAAAGCAAAUUAUCUCGUGGGAAAAGCGAUGAUUGAUGAAGCUCAUAAUAUGGAAAUGAUAAGUAAAAAAUUAACUCCUAUUUAG